AAAAAAAAAGCAUGCAACGCUUCCAUGUUUUAAGCGUGGGACUGACGUUGAUUAGAGCAAGGGACACGUACUGAAAACUUCCACUUGCAAGAAACAGAAUGGGAACCCGUGUUUACAUAGGAAGAUUAUCCCAUCAUGCCAGAGAAAGAGAUGUUGAAAGAUUUUUCAAAGGAUAUGGACGGUUACGGGAUGUUAUGUUGAAAAAUGGAUAUGGCUUUGUUGAAUUUGAAGAUUAUCGUGAUGCAGAUGAUGCUGUCUACGAACUGAAUGGAAAAGAUCUGGCUGGUGAAAGAGUGAUCGUAGAGCAUGCACGUGGAGGUCCUCGCGGAGACGACAGAAGGAAUAGUUACCGUGACUACCCUCCAGCCCGCAGGAGUCGUGGGGGCGGUGGAAGAGACAAUCGUGCUUCCAACAGGUACGGACCACCUACCAGAACAGAAUAUAGGUUGAUUGUUGAAAACCUGAGUUCUCGGGUCAGCUGGCAGGACCUGAAAGACUACAUGAGACAAGCAGGGGAGGUCACGUAUGCCGACGCCCACAAGGAACACAAAAAUGAAGGCUCCCUUUCCUUUGACAGAAUUGUGGAAUUUGCCUCUUACUCUGACAUGAAGAAUGCCGUAAGCAAGUUGGAUGGAACAGAAAUCAAUGGGAGGAAGAUCAAAUUGGUAGAAGACAAACCAAAACGCAGCAGCAGACGCAGAAGUAUCAGUAGAAGUGCCUCUAGAUCCAGAAGUAGGUCAAGGUCACGACGUAGGUCUAGGUCAGGCAGUAGGUCAAGGAGUCGCAGCAGAAGCCGCAGUAGCCGCAGCAAGUCCAAGUCCAAGUCUAAGUCACCAGCACGCAAGUCCAGAUCUAAGUCCAGGUCCAAAUCCAGAUCCAGGUCCAAGUCCCCAUCUAAGUCCAAGUCUAAGUCCAGGUCUAGGUCAAGGUCAAAGUCUCGUUCCCCAAGUCCUGGAGACAAGGACGAUAAGGAUGAGAACUAGUGUUAUUUAACUCAAGGAACUCAAAGUUAGAGUAUCCUAAAAAGUUGUAAAGUAACAUUGUAAAUAGGAGAACACAAGAAUCUUCAAAGAUAAUUACAAGUAUAACCGAAAAACUAAGUGAUAGGAUAACGAUUUAAAAAUCUUGGUUUUUACCUUCAUGUAUGUUCAGUAUGUGUUUGAUAAUUUUGUUUAGAUACAUUGCAUAUUAUUGUCCAUUGAUAAAAACACCAUUCACAGUUCAUGUAACUGCACAAGAUGGUCUUAGUAUUGUCAUCCUUACUCUGUGUUACAGAGCUGUAUCAGGUCACACUGAUGUCUCAUGUCACCCCCCAGACAAAGAUUGGACAAACAAACAACAUGGUGACUGGGGAUAUUUUUGUUAAUAUUUUAAUCAUAAUACAAUCUAUCAAUUAUUGUAUCUGUAUUAUUUCAAACCAUGUUUUAUGCAUUUCUUCAUUUUUCAUUGUGAUACAUACAGAGCAUGUUUUAUAUUUCAUUUUCUCUCUUUUUUUUUUUUUUUUGGAACUUGCAUUGUUGUGUUUACCAUUAUAUUAAAAUUGAAAAGUACUUAGCAUGGAACAAAACAAAGUCACUUGUAUUUCAUGUAAUGAAAGUCUGAAAGGCGGCAGUUGAUCAAUGAUAAAAGAAUUAACUAUCACCCAAACUUUUGAUUUAUGGUACAGUUUAAAUUGAUUUAAUUAUUUGCUUUUUGGGUGUUAUUUUUUUUUUUUAUUAAGGAUAUAAUUUCUUUGCUUUUUACACAGUGUGUGUUUUAUUAGCUUGCUCUAAAAAAAUAAGAUUUUAAUUUAGUGUAGUAAAUCAAUUUGUGAUGAUUUUUGGUCAAAGAUUUGUAUUUUCCCAGUAGAAGGACACAUUUUUCAUCCAAGAAAUUUAAAUGUUGUCAAUAAAUUUUACAAUGAAAUUUUGGUCAGUGCUGUUGUUUAUAACCAUUCAAGUUGACAAAUGUUGUUCAGUACAACAGAGAUUUCAUUCUUUGCAAUGCAUUUGUGUGUAAUAAACAACAAAAGCACAAACAAAA